AUCCUGUACCUGUGACUACUAUAAGGACCUCUGACCCAGUCCGCCCCAGCGAUGUGACUCCCACACAUGUACCUCACCUGUGACCUGUGACCUAUGACCUGUACCACACCAUGCACUCAGUACAGGAUAGACAGCUUAACACACGGACAUUUUUAUUACAGACAAUUAGAAUAAUGCAAAUUCUAAAUCUUUCAACAGUCAGAUGUGCAAUAUUUUUCCUUUGAAAAGUUCUCCAAUAAGGAAUACAAUUUUCCUCAAAGCAAGGAGGUUAAGUGUUAAGGAAUGCAGUUUUGCCAAUGAAAUAUUGACAGCCAAGCUUCGCUGCAUAGUGUUAUAAAAAGUUUUGUAACAAUCAAGAAACCAAUCCUGUCAGCUCCACACAAUGAAUUCCAAACUUCCCAAGAGUUUCCGGACGGUGAUUCUGUGCUCGUUAGCAAACUUCAUUAACCAGGCGGACCGUACCAUCAUGCCGAUCGCGCUAGUUCCGAUGAGCAACGAGUUUGACUGGAACCUGCAGGCUCAGGGCUGGAUCCUCAGCAGCUUCGCUUUUGGGUACAUCAGUAGUCAGGUUAUCGGUGGCAGUGCAGCCCGGCGGUGGGGAGGCAAGUGGGUGUUAGGUUUCGCCGUUGCUGUGUGGUCCCUAGCGACGUUCUUCACGCCGACCUUCGCCCGGACUCUCUAUGGGCUGAUCUUUGCCCGGAUCUGCCUGGGGUUCGCCGAGGGCCUCGGGCUGCCGACCAUAUUCCACAUCUUCGCGAACACGGUCCCGAUGGAGGAACGGUCGCGGGCCUUCGGGUACCUGGUGGCCUCCGGAUCCAUCGGACAGACUCUCGCCUCCGUGGUGUGCCCCAGACUGCAGUGGCCCAUGAUGUUCUACAGUUUCGGUGUGCUGGGGUUCGUGUGGGUCGCUACGUGGGUUCUCUGCUUUCGGGAGCAGCCCAUCGACUACGAUGAGGAACUCUUCCUUCCACCCAAGGAAGCUGGUGCAGAUGUGGAGGAUCAUCCUGUGAAGAAAACACAGAAGAAAAAGAUCCUGACCUCUAACCUGCGGUGGGUGGAGUUCAUCUCCCACUGGCCGCUGUGGGCGAUCUACUCGGCGCACUUCGCCAUGAACUGGAGUAACUACGUGGUUCUGUCAUGGCUGCCGACCUACCUGCAGCGCGCGCUCGGAGCCAACGCUAACGACAUCAGCUUCACGGCGUUUCCUUAUAUGGUGAACUCUCUUGUAGGGGUCGGUGCGGGCCACAUGUCUGACUGGCUGGUUUCCCGUAAGAACUGGACGGUUCUGUCGGUGCGCCGGCUGAUGACCAGCAUCGGGCUGCUGGGGCCGGCGGUGUUCAUCCUGGCAUUUAGCACCACUAACAACCUCAUCGUGGCUCUGCUGCUGGUGUCGGUGUCCAUGGGUCUGUGUGCGUGUAACUCCUCGGGUCACAUGAGUAACCAUGCCGACGUCGCGCCCAACCACGCCGGGAUCACCUUCGCUGUCUCAAACACCAUGGCUAGUAUCCCAGGCAUCGCCCACGGCCCCGUAACAGCCACACUAGUGACGGCCACAGGACACUGGUACCCAGUCUUCAUGGUGGCAGCAGGAGUCAACAUGGUGGGGGCGAUGGUCUACGCCUCGCAGAGCUCCGCUAGCCAGGUGCUGUAACACCUGUAGGGUGCUGUAACACCUGCUGCACCUGUACGGUACUCCCACAUACCUGGACCUCCUUCAUAACCUGCCAGGUGCACUAACACACCUGUAUGUAGUACCUGUAUGGCACAGGUGUGCAGCUGAAAAACUAGAGUCAGGUGCUCUGAAACUGUCACUGUUCAUUUUGAGCAGCUUUCCAUCUGCUUCCAUGUAACUAUGUAACACUGGUGGUGUCAGGUUUGGGAAAGGUCUUACUAGAAUCUCUUUCAAAUCCUUACAGUCAAAUAUUCUAAAGACUAAGAGUUAUGGUUAUGGGGCUAUGCACAAGGAGAGGGUUAAUUAAACAUGUGGGCUUCCAACACUGUGGCCAUGACAUUGACUGUCCAGAUUCAAAGUGGCCAGGGUUAUACUGUAGGAUCAUUGUCUAUGGACAUAUUUUAGGGACAAACAUGUUGUAUUUUGAGCUGCUCUCUGUGUUCAGGGUGUAAAUAAUGAUCCAGCCAUAGCUAGAUAUGAUGAUGAGCUAGGCUGUAAUGUUAUGCUGCAGUAGCUGAGACAAUUGAUAACUGUAUUUCAUGUCUAUUUCAGCACUGUGUUUUUUUAUGCAGUUUUCCUUGAUAUUGAGAAUAUCCUUGCAUAGUUCAUCGGGUUGGUGAUUGAGAUAGUUUUAAGGUUACUGACAGGAAGUUUGUAAGGUACACUUCAUGGUAUUGAACCUGAGAUUAUGACUUGACUAUGUGUAAAUUUGCAUUAAGUAUCUCACAGUCAGGGUUUACAUGUAUAAUGUUGAGAAGUUUUUGUUUUCUAUUUGAAGCUGUAUUAAGCUACAGGUGACUUGGAUAUGCAACCAUCAUACAAUUCUAUCAUAUAAUUGUAAAGGGAUUCUGGUACCUUAUCAUGUGUUUUUGUUGUUUUGUAAGCUUAUUAUAUACAUGUAUGUAUAUAUGCUGCUGAAGUGGGUGUCAAAUGUGCAAUUAUUAUGUCUCUUUUUUGUUUGUUUAUA